CGAGCAUUGCAAGAGCCUCACCACAUCGCAGUCGCCAUGCCGCGCAUCCUCAGCAUCAAUCGCGCUAACCAGGCACACACGCCACAUCUCCGCCCGCGAUAUGAGAUAACGCCCUGAUCUUGGACCCGUCGCAUCCCCAUUCCCAUCACCAUCUCCCUCUUCACCACCACCAUGGCUCCCUCGGCCAUCGAUGAGGCGCCGCAACUUGCAGGGCGCAAUCCACCCAAACCUCCACCCAAGCUCUGGAGCGUGUCGGAGCCGCCUUUUGAGGGCUUCAGGCCCAUCGACAAGGAAGGCUGGUCGCGUAGCAACAGCGAAACCGCCAUAAUCAUCGACAAUGGCUCGUCAGCAGUCCGCGCCGGGUGGUCCUUCGAUUCCAAACCCCGGUUGUCAGUACUACCCAACAUGGCUAGGUAUCGCGACCGCAAGCUCAACCGCACCUUUACCUUUGUGGGGUCAGAUGUCUACGCCGACGGCACCGCGCGAGGACAAUCCAAGCCUGUCUAUGAGCCUGGCAGCAACAUCGUGAACAAUUGGGAUGUCAUGGAGGGCGUGCUCGACUACUGCUUCGUCAAGAUGGGCGUAGACGGCCGGUCUGGGCGCAUCGACAGGCCCAUCGUUAUGACAGAGCCCGUUGCCAACCUGGGCUAUUCACGAAAGACCAUGUCUGAAAUCCUCUUCGAGUGCUACGGCGCACCAUCCGUCGCAUACGGUAUCGAUUCGCUCUUCUCCUACUCCUACAACGGCGGUCGCAACGGUCUGGUCAUGGACUCUUCAUACACUUCUACACAUGUUAUUCCCGUGGUAAACUCCAAGCCGCUCCUAUCGCAAACUACUCGUCUGAACUGGGGACGCUUCCAGUCCGCGCAAUACUUGCUGAAGUUACUGAGGCUGAAGUACCCUACAUUUCCCGGAAAGAUCAGUGACAACCAGGCCGAAGAUCUCGUCCGUGAGCACUGCUACGUAUCACAAGACUAUGAGAACGACCUCAGCCGCUAUCUGGAUUGGACGGGCCUCGAAGACCGAGAUCAUACUAUUCAGUUCCCCUACACCGAGCAGAUUGUAGUACAGAAGACUGAGGAAGAGCUGGCUGCCGCGGCAGAAAAGCGGAAGGAGAGUGGUAGAAGAUUGCAGGCUCAGGCUGCAAAGAUGCGGCUUGACAAGCUGAAGAAGAAGGAAGAAGAGUUGGAGUGGUGCAUACAGCUGCAGGCGCAACUGGAGGAGAUUACGACCAAGAAGGAAAAAGCACGCGUGUUAGAGUCGAACGACUUUGACGACGAGAAUCAGCUCAACAAGCGGGUCAAGGAACUGGAAGCUGCCAUCAAGAAGGCUCGCAACAAGGACCUUGGCGACGUCGAAGAAGAACAAGUCGAAGUACCUACAUUCCCCCUGCUCGAAGUUCCGGAUGACCAGCUCGACGAGGAGGGCAUUAAGCAAAAGCGACAGCAGCGGUUGAUGAAGUCCAACUACGAUGCACGCCAGCGUGCCAAGAUCGAAAAGGAGAAGGAGAAGGCGCGUCAGGCAGAAGAGCAACGACUCGACGAUCAACGGCGAGAGACAGACCCUCAAGGCUGGAUAGAAGAGCGCCGGAUAGCCCGUCAAGCCAUUAUUCAGAAGAUGAAGGACCGCGAGCGCCUCAAGGCUGAACUUGGAAACCGAAAGUCGCUCGCUAACCAAAUGCGCAUGAAGUCGAUUGCCAAUCUCGCGUCAGACGCACCCACUAAGAAACGGAGAAGAGGCGGCGGCGACGAUGACACAUUCGGUGCCGACGAUGCAGACUGGGGCGUCUACCGCACCAUCGCCACAGGCGAAGGCUCCGACGAUGAAGAAGAGGAAGACCUCUCCAAGAACCUCAAGGAGAUCGAGUCCCAGCUCCUCCAACAUGACCCAAACUUUACCGAAGAAUCGACUCGCGAAGCACAAACCGACUGGACAAAAUCCAUCCUUCACUCUUUCCUCCACGGACCUUACCCUUACGACACCGAAAGCCAAAAGGAAACGAACCAGAUCCAUCUCAACGUCGAACGCAUCCGCGUACCAGAAGUAGUCUUCCAGCCCACCAUCGCGGGUCUCGACCAAGCCGGCAUCGUGGAGAUCGCAUCCAACAUCCUCACAGAACGCCUGGCAGACUCACCUCAUCGCGACAACGUCUUGAAGGACAUCUUCCUUACCGGCGGCAACACCAUGUUCCAAGGCUUCGAGGAACGUCUGCGCUCUGAACUUCGCGCUGUGCUGCCCGCUGAGCAAGCAAUCAAUGUGAGGAAAGCAGGGGAUUGCGUGCUGGAUGCUUGGCGUGGAGCGGCGCAAUGGGCGGGUAGAAAGGAGUCGAAGCAACAUUUUAUUACUAGGCAGGAGUUCUUGGAAAAGGGCGCUGAGUACAUCAAGGAGCAUGAUCAGGGGAAUGCUGCGUAUUAGGUUGCCUGUCUUGCGUGCAGGUAUGGCAAUGUGUGCAAUUUGCUGAGUUUGUUUGUUCCCUUUCUGUUCUGGUAAUGGGGAUUUGUAGUACAGCUAGCCCCAGGACGUUGUUGUUUCAUGGGUCAAGACUAUCAUAUAAUAUCGUCGUGACGAGAACUCGCUGGCGCGCAUACAGUGUGAUCAUUCUAGACAUUUGUUACUGAAGUACCAUUUCCUUUCAUGUCGAGAUCCAUCCUGUCACUGUCAUUUCCCAGUCACGCCAUUUUUCAGCAGUCCUAUCACAGUGAAAGAGUGAUAAAAAGGCUAGAU